GCCUUUAUAAAGAGGUUAUCUUAAGUUUCGCGCAAUGACGUCGUUCGAGAGACGGAAGGCCUUUUAAUCAACCCCCGCAUGUGACGUCAUAUAUACGCGCCUGAGAGGGGCUCGUAAGACAAACAAGAAAAUACUGAGAGCGUUUUGUUGCAUUUUUAGCUAAACAGAGACAAAAUGCCAAAAGUAAAGAGGAGUCGAAAGCCUCCCCCAGACGGCUGGGAGCUCAUUGAGCCCACUUUGGACGAGCUGGAUCAGAAAAUGAGAGAAGCUGAAACUGAGCCGCACGAGGGGAAGCGAAAGGUGGAGUCCCUCUGGCCCAUUUUCAGGCUGCAUCAUCAGCGGAGCCGAUACAUCUAUGACCUAUUCUACAAAAGGAAAGCCAUCAGUAGAGAGCUAUACGAGUACUGUAUAAAGGAAGGCUACGCAGACAAGAACCUCAUUGCCAAGUGGAAGAAGCAGGGCUACGAGAAUCUGUGCUGCCUGCGUUGCAUCCAAACACGAGACACCAACUUUGGAACCAACUGCAUCUGCAGAGUCCCCAAGAGCAAGCUGGAAGUUGGAAGGAUCAUUGAAUGCACCCACUGUGGAUGUAGAGGAUGUUCUGGCUAACCCUUACUUGUAUUUUUGGACUUAUGAUUUAUUUUUCUGUCAGGCAUUGGGACUCACUGUCACAACCUUGAAGCAACAUUAUCUUUUUGGAGUCGCCUUCAUGUAAAAUAAUCUGUCAUUUUCCCAUCCAUCACCCUGAGUUGCCAUUUUACGGGAGAGAAACAGAGGAAAAACGAUAAUACACCAAGAGGGGCCGUGUUGAGUAUAUUAAUUUUCUGUUGCGGUGUUUUUUUGUUUUUUGUUUUUUAAAUAUCUCGCUAAAGCUUGCAACUCCAAAAGAACCAACUUAAGACCAGUUGUUUCUGGGUCAGGUCAUUCCAGCAAGACAGCCACUGUGGAGGUCAUUUCUAAUGUGUUUGUUUCAUUUAAAGCGCGGUGUUUAAAUUUGCCAUCACUUUAAAGCUUAAGAUUCAUCACUGUUAUAGUGCAGUUUUAAAUAAAGUGUUUCAGAUUG